AUGGUGACCAUCCGAGCUGGCGAAAGCCUCAAGUCUGCCGCCCGCAAGAGAGAGGAGAAGAUCAUGGAUAACAUCAACAGCCUCACCAUCGACGAGUUCAAGAUCUACACCUGUCAGGAGGCCCAGAGAAACCCUCGGCUAUCUAUCGGUCUCCAUGCCACUUCGAGAUUGAAGCUUGCUGGAUACUUUGACGCGGUCGACUUCGACCAGUGUGUUCAGGGCGCCGUUGGUAUCCUCAACCAGCACCCGGUGGGCAAGCUCGCCGGCCUCCUGCCUCAUGAGGCCGUUGCGGCAGUUGGUCUCCUGCUGGAGCGAAAUCUCAACAAGAUCCUGGUUGACGUCGACGUCUGUUCCUCGUACGAGAUCAAGGAGCAGGCUUUCAAGGCCGUGCUCGACAUCACCGAGGGCUACCUGCGCAGCAAGACCGAGCUUGCCCGCCCCUACCAGACGCGCCGCAUCCUCGCCGACGCCCUUCAGUGGGCCAUCGACCAGAUACAGCCCGAAGAGCAGCUCCAGCUAGCCGCGGGACCGCAUGGCUUUGGCGACGACGCCGUCUCCACCUGGUGCAUCCAGUCCCUCAUGCACAUGACACAACUCGCCGAGCGCCACAACUGCAUCAUGGUCAUGCGCACACUCCGGGGCAUACUCGACAACCUCGAGGACCUGGCCGCCAACGGCUACCACGAGCACGAGUACGAGGAGGACGACUCGGAGGACGAUAACGACGAUGGUGCUGAGGCCGAUGCCGAUAUGCACGUGGAGGACGACUCUGAGGACGAGGACCAAGACAACAAUGCUGACGCGGAUGCUAAUGUCGAUAUGCACGCGGACGAUGAUAUGCGCGAGGGCACUGCUUCAUCCGACGCUCAACUCGACGCGUACUACAGCUCUGUCAUCCACGCUGAUGAUGAUGGUGCUGAUAUGCAUGCGAGCGCUAGCCUGGUUGCAGACGCUGAAUUCAACGCUUCUCUCAAAGCUUACUUCCGCGGCCCUGGUAUCACCGCCGAUGACCACGAUGAUGCGGAGGUCGAUGAGAGUCAGUUCAUUCCUGGGCUUCUGCGGACUCAGCAGGCUCGCCAGGCUCGACUUGCUCGGCUGGUUCAGCAGGUCCAGCAGGUUCAGGAGGCUCAGCAAGUUCAGCAGCCUGGGCCCGGUCACUGUUGGGUGGCUUGA